AGCACGCUGAAGGCAGCUGGUGAAAAAAUAGCUUCCGCAGUUCCGUCAGCUGGCGAGAUUAAAUGCUUUGUAAGUGUACGCCGUUGGACGCUGUCUUCUGUCUUUCCCCGCUACAGUAACAACCACGUCUGCGCGGCUCCUCCACUUGUUUGGCGUCUUUUUUUUGUGUGUGUGUGUGAGUGAUAAUUAGCGCAACAUGAGUCUGAGCGAGCAUUCACUGCAAGCACUCUCCUGGAGGAAGCUGUACCUGAGUCGGGCUAAACUGAAGGCUUCCAGCCGGACCUCAGCACUGCUCUCUGGAUUUGCCAUGGUGGCCAUGGUUGAAGUGCAGCUGGACAACAGCUACCCUUACCCACCUGCCCUCCUCAUUGCCUUCAGUGCCUGCACCACCGUGCUGGUGGCCGUCCACCUGUUCGCUCUGAUGGUCAGCACCUGCAUCCUGCCCAACAUAGAAGCCGUGAGCAACGUCCACAACCUCAACUCUGUCAAGGAGUCCCCGCACGAGAGGAUGCACCGGCACAUUGAACUGGCCUGGGCUUUUUCCACAGUUAUUGGUACUUUGCUCUUCCUCGCCGAGGUGGUUCUACUCUGCUGGGUCAAAUUUUUGCCCGUGAAGCCCAACAAAUCCAGCAAUAAUACGGUUUCCUCUGGCGUGGCUGCUGCUAUUACCUCAACCUCCAUCAUGGUCCCCUUUGGUUUAGUCUUCAUCGUCUUCGCUGUGCAUUUCUACCGCUCGUUGGUGAGCCACAAGACUGACAGACAGUUUCAGGAGCUGGAGGAGCUGUCUAACCUCACCAGACUUCAAAAUGAACUCGACAACAGAGGAGAAUCUUCCAUUUUGCAGUCGCCGAGCUCACAUUUCCCAUAGACAUGUACAGCGGACGCACAUCUGUGGUGGAACUUUGACUCCGUGGGUAUUUGUCCAAGGGAGAGGCCCAAGUGUUGACUUCUUGUUUUUUUUUUUUUUUUACGGGAAUGAAGAUAUGUCUCACCCUUUGUUGUGACAUUUACUUUUGUGUGGAAGUUUAUUUUUAGAAGACACAUUUGUUUCAACUGUGAACUCACAAAUCUGCCAUAAUGCAUGUAGCUGGAAAUCAUAAAGUCUUAAGUGUAAUAGUUGCUUGAUUUAUGUCUACAUUAUGGCAGAAAGAUCCGAAGAGUAACUUGGCGUCCUGUCUGUUGCCUGCUGCUUUUAUUUACCAGUUUGUCAGUGAAGGCUCACAUUCGUUUGUGUAUAUUACAUAGUUGUGUUUUGUGAACCACACGUAUGUAACUCUUUGCUCCGUAUUUACAUGACCUAUUGUACUGUUCACCAUUUGCAUUCUGAAUGCAUUCUGGUUGCGCUGACUGACUAAUCACUUGCCUAAACUACAGUAUUAUUAGCGUAUAUUUGCUGACAUCUGUAGCAGAGGCUGUGACGUUAAAAAAAAUAAACAUUUUUUUACCAAGUGACAUUCAAAGAUUAA